AUGCAAUACGAACACCAAAUCGCUCUUUCUCAACAAAAUAAAGACCCACAGUCCGCACAAAACGAGCACAAAGAAGAGUUGGUAUUUAAACAACAGGCGAUUGAACAUGUUGAUGACAACCCUCGACCUCCGCCGUCUCACCGCAACCGAAUCAGCAAUUGGAAACGAACUCAUGCGUCUGGAUGGCGAUUUGGCGUCAUCGCUUCCGCCUCCUGUGCCAUUUUGGUGCUGCUAACCAAUAUCAUUCUAAUUUUGUGGGUCUCCUGGAGCGGCCCUAAGUUACGAGACGGUAUUGCGCCCAUCUACUCAGGAAGUUGUGCCAGAGUCAAAGAUUUAAAUUUCUGGCUGCACUUAUUGAUCAAUGCGCUCGGUAAGUAUAACUCGACGAUCUUCAUCAAUAAAGGAGCCAACGCUUAUUCUGUUUAUCCAACAACCCUGGAUUACUUAAACGGCCCAUUGUUUAGCACUUAUGACACUGAAACGGAGAUGAUCCCAAAUCUCAACAAUGAGGAGUACUUGCAAAUACGAGAUGCACUCCCUUUGUUCGAACGCUUGGAAAUUGCCGAGUGCAUCAAGGCAUAUGGAAGCCAAUUCAUCUCGAAAAGAGGCGAUGUCAUCCCAAUCUUGUCAACUGAUACCGCUCAGGCCGGGUUAGACAUGGCAGUUGUUGGAAGGGGUAUUCCAACCAUAUUUAGGAGAGAAGCUACUUGGUCCUGGAUGUGCAUGCCAGUGCUGGAUCCCGGAUCUAACGCUCGUGCGUGCCCGAACCUACCUUCAGCUGAACACUGGCAGAUCAUCCUCACUCCGCCUAUUCGAUACCUUGCGAAUUGGACUACCGUGGAUGGGGCGUCAAGAGUUGAUGCGACCGUGACUCACUGUCUCAGUCGUCCGUCACCGGAACUCUGCAAACUAGAAUUUAGCCUUUAUUUUAUGGCAGCCGUUAUUGUGUGUAAUUUCAUCAAAGCGACGGCCAUGAUUAUCACAUUGUAUAGCUGCGAUGAGAUGCCCCUGGUCACGUUGGGAGACGCAAUUGCGAGUUUUUUGGCGGAGCCUGAUCCAGUCACCUCAGGUAAUUGCCUGUUGUCCAAGGAAGAAUUGGGAACAAGCGAAGGCUGGUACCCUCGAGCUCGAGCUUGGAAGGCCACCCGACGAAGGUGGUUCAACUCCGCAAGCAAGAAACGCUGGAUGCUAUGCAACAUACUAUAUUUGGCCACAAUAGCGAUCGCUUUGUACCUCCUCAUCGUGGGGUUGCGAAAUCUCAAAGACCAGAAUGCUACGUCGACUUCACUGAGGACUCUGUGGGAUAUUGGAUUUGGUACGGCGAACGUAAAGUCGCUGAUUGCCUUCGACAGCAGAGGCAAUUUCAGCGACCACAGAAUACUUACCAUGGCCCUGGUUGCCAAUUUACCUCAAUUACUUCUUUCGUUCGUGUACCUCACAUACAAUGGGCUCUUCACGUGUAUGCUCUCCGCGCAAGAAUGGAACAACAUGGGCAUCAAGCGGAAAGGGCUUCGAGUCAGUGUGCAGAGUGGCGACCAAAGAUCGACACAUUUUCUGUCUUUGCCCAAGUCCUAUGCUGUGCCACUUAUGCUUUUCUCCGGACUGCUGCACUGGAUGGUCUCACAGUCAAUUUUUCUGGUUUAUGUGACGGUCUAUGAUGGCAAAGGAAAUGUGUCGAGCGGGUUCACGCCACAAGAUUUGGCUUUCGAGACCCGCAUCACCACCUGUGGGUAUUCAGCCAUUGCAAUUCUCUUUUCCAUAUCUGUUGGAUCUAUCGCUGUGGUGGUCCUCAAUAUCAAUGGAUAUCGAAGACUAGAAUCUGGCAUUCCGCCGGCUGCCGCCUGUUCAGCAGUGAUCAGCGCAGCUUGCCACCGACCUGAAGAUGACACUAAUGCUGCGACUCUGCCAAUCAAGUGGGGUGUUGUGAGGCACAAAGGCGACGCGGGUCCCUGGCACUGCUGUCUCACCAGUCAGGAAGUUGAUGAACCUAUUGACGGAUAG